CUCACUCCUAUAAAUUAUUAAUCUCCCCCACCAUUCCAAGCCCCCUCACAAUCUUGCUUCUCUCUCUCUCUACUCUAAAACAUCACAACUUGGUCAAUCAACAGAACAAAACAACAACAUUGUAGAAACAAAAAUGUCUUCAAAAUGUAGUAAAAUUCGCCACAUUGUACGCCUCCGCCAGAUGCUACGAAGGUGGCGAAACAAAGCACGCAUGUCUUCAGCUAAUCGUGCACCAUCUGAUGUUCCAGCUGGACACGUGGCAGUAUGUGUUGGUGCUAACUACACCAGAUUUGUAGUGCGCGCUACGUACCUGAACCACCCCAUUUUCCAGAAGCUUCUUGUUCAAGCUGAAGAAGAGUAUGGUUUCUCUAACUACGGACCCCUUACCAUCCCUUGUGAUGAAGAUUUUUUUGAAGAGGCUCUCCGGUUUAUUUCCCGGUCUGGUUCAAACAAUGGACCCAACCGGUUCGUUAAUCUCGAGGUUGAAGAUAUUAAACAACGCUGCCACGUGGGAAUUAGAAAUAACGUGGAUUUCUGGCCUGAAUCUCGACCGCUCCUACAUGGUCUUAGUGAAAAAACAAUUUGGUAGCGGUCUAGCGGUCCAACCGAACCGUGCUAGACCGGUUGGUUCGUUCACUCACUUGGAUUCGAACUCGGGUUUUGAGAAAUUCAUGUUUGAUGAAGAACGCCGAAUGAUCCAAGUGAUUUUAUGUUUUUUUGUUUAACACUUUGGUCAGUGGGAAAUGACCUGAUAAUCCGAGUUCGGCCCAGAUGUAAAAUUUGACUAAUAAUUAUUUAGUCAGUAUUUACAUGCCGAUUUGAGCUUGAACUCGAGGGUUCAUACCGAGCGGCAUAAAUUCAAGAGAAGUUAUCUGAUCCGACUCGAGUGAUUAAUUUCUGCUAUAGUUCGAGUUAUUUAUACAAGGUAAAUUGUGGGUUUACAUUUUUACCCCAAUUUUCCUUUUCUUUUCAUAUGGUGGUGGGAAUUGGGAAAUUUGAGGAAUGAGAUAUUUUUUUAGGCCAUCUCAGUUGUAUUGUAUUUAAUUUACGUGCAUUAUAUUAUGCACUAGAAAAAAAGGUUCAAUUUUACAAUGCUCCAAGGAUGCUAAGGAGAUGGCUACAAUCGAGUCGUCCCGAGUUGGAUCGGAGUGGAGGUCUCGAGUUGAUGAUGAUCAUUAUUUAUUUUCAUUUCCGGUAACUUUUGUAAACCAUUGUGUAUGUAAUCUUAUUCAUGUUCAUGAAAUGAAAUGGAACUGUAGAGAAUAUUUAAUUUUCAAAUUUCUUCGUAC